CAGUCCUGUUAUAUAGGUAGAGAGCGAGAGAUAAACACAACGAACUGUGCUGACUACCUGCCGCGGAGUAUUACGUUUGAUAAACACCUGCCAGAAGCGCUUUUUGUUUGGUGGAAGCAAACCUAAUGCUGUUCUCAAUAGGCUCUUUGGGAACACAUACAGUAAAAGUUUUUCAGGAUAUUAAGUUACCCGUAAACCUGGAAAUGGAAGAUGCGAGUGAUAGUUGCUUUGAAGUUCCACCAGAAGGCUCAGGUGCAGAGCAACCACCUGCAUCCUCACAGGGAAAUGCAGUCGGAGAGGCCGAGAAUGGGGAUGCAGCAGAGAAGCCUCUGCUUCCAGAAUCUUCAGGCCCUGUACAGUCAGAGGAGGGCUGCGAUCAGAUGCCUCCUCAGGAGCAGUCAAUUUUGGAGGAACAGGAGCAGUCAAGUUUAGCACAGUGGGAGCAACCUGAAGAAGUGCGGAGGGAAGAACAAACUUCUCAAAACUCAGCACUACCAGAGAAUACAGCAAGUGGGACAGUAACAGAAAGCAUGACUGAGGAUAAUGAAACAAUUAGAAGGACUGGGCCUAACUUUGAGAAAACUAUGCAGUCUGAGAAUCAGGAACAUUUUACUGGGAAAGUCGUUCAACAGGAUUACCACAUGCCUGAUGUCAUAACUGUCAGAGUACAAACAGAUUCUGAUUCAUUCCAAGAAGUAGUUGUAAAAAUUGAAAGACCUACCUAUAAUAAACCUUUUCUGGGUGGAUUUAGGAACAUGAGAACAGGAGUGGAAUUUCAUAACGCAGGAUCACAAACAAGAUGCAAAAAACGACCUAACAAAGGAACUCAGUCAUUUUGUAGGGAAACACAGACGGUUUGGGAAAAAAAUAAGCCACAACAAACAAGAAAUACAACAUCAACACAGAUGACUAAAAUUGGCCUUUAUGUGUCAAACAUGACUGACAAACUAAUAAGUCCUGGAAAGUAUUUUACAGCGGAAGAAUAUCAUAAACGUAGACUUGAAGCAGUAAUAGUAUUACAGAAAUAUUUCCGUCGUUGGCAUGCUAUAAAUGUAGUACAAAAUCUGAGGGAACAGAAGAGGUUAAGGCUGCUGUGGGAGGCACAGGAAGAAUUACGGAAAAAAAAUGAGAAAGAAGAAAAAUUGAGAAGGGAGUACGAGCGAAAACUGAACCCUAAAACAAGGGAAGACUUUGAGCUACUGUACCAUGACUUGGAAUUAUGGAUGCAGGAGGAGACUGAGCGGAUUAACAGAACUCUUACUGGAGCUGAAAGAAAGGCAGCACUUUGUGCACUUCUGGAACAAGAGGCACAGCUCAUUGCUUGCUUUGGGAGACACAAACUAAAUGCCAAUGAGGAGAAUCAACACAAAGCAAUACUGCACCUUCUGGAUAAGUGUGCACAACCUAAGAGAUGGAAAGCAUAUGAUGGAAAAAUCACUGAAAUGGAUACACAGGACAUGCUCCGUGCCAGAGAACUACUUGAAAUCUACCGCAGCAUUAGCACGAAGGACAUCCCAAAAGAUGAGAGAACAGAUGUGCUGUUAACACUCAGAUGUACAGUGAAGGAACAUGAAUGUAAAUUAACACAGGAAAUAGUGGAACUAAUUGACAGGGAAAUUGAUCUUAUAUCAAGAGAGGUGAAAGAAUGCAACUUAGAAGGACUGAGGAAAAGAAUUUGUACAUUAUUUCUUCAGUAUAUUAAAAUUCCAAAGGUUAACCCUAAAGUUGCUGGGUUACUUAAGGUUCCGCAAGAUCCUUUAAAGCUUUAUAAAAAUGUGUACUUCUGUCAUAGCUGUGAAAAUUACUUACCAUCUACUGAGUUUCUGAUUCCUGCUAAUUCCCACACCAUUGGCAGAUGUCGCUUGUGUUACAAUCUUGAUAAUGAGGCUCGGCGAAGAGAAUCAUAUUUGAAGUACAGACUUAUUCUAGAAAAUCUCAGGAAGUCUGAAGCUGGUUAUCAGGAUGAUAGUCAAAUUGUUUUCUUAGUUCAGCUUACAGAUCUGCAGUACAUGAUUGAGAAUAUAUGGAACUGUCAGUCAGCUCUCAGUGCCUGGGGUGAACUGUAUGAUUUGGUUAUGGUCAGAUGGGAUAAGCAGCAUGAGUGGUCUCCAUGGAACACUAUUCUCCUCACUAAAGAAGAGGCAGAUGCACAUCUUAAGCUGUGUAAUCUUCAGGAGGCUUAUGAAGCUGCAUUUAUUUUCAGAAUAAAACAGAAGCAUAUCCGGGCAAAAAACUACUUUGCUCAGAUUCCAGCGAUGUCAUCAUUUUUGCAUAGGAGUGACAAUCAGGCUAAUGCAAGUUCCUACAAAACCCAUAAUUCUUCGAUGAAGUCUACUGAAGUUAAAGAAGUUCACUAAAUUAAUACCAUUUCUUAGGUUUUAAAGAAAUACACAUUUUCAUCAAUACUUUAAAUAUAUUACAAUGAUCAAAAUAAACUUUUGAGGAUAAAAUAAUUUGAUCUAGAUCAGUUAAUAUAACUGCAUUUCAAGUUUUGUAACCUCAUUAUUUAAGAAAUGAAAUGUUUAUAAUGAACUUUGUAAAUUCUAAAUUUUUAGAGCAAUGAUUCUUUUUCUGUAAGUGCCUGCGUUGCUUGGAACAUUCUGUCUAUAGUGUAAUAUACCUGUUGGGUGAAUUCUGUUAGUUCUUUGUCACCCUUUAAUUAGAAAAAUAAUACUGUAGCACUGUAUUAAAUUUAUUUUUCUCGUCUUAA